AUGGAUGCCAUCAUAGCUUACAAAACUGACGGGACACUUCCCAGUGACCACUGUCUAGCUGCUAAGUUACAAAAAAUGAGUUCUUGGUUUGAAAUAUGGAACGACGUCUUAUACAAGAAGUCUUACUCUCGGCCUCUCUUGCGCUGUGUGACGCCUGAAAAAGGGAAGGAAAUCCUCGCUGACUUGCAUCAAGGGUUAUGUAGUUCUCAUAUUGGAGGACGAGCCUUAGCCGAAAAAGCACUUAGAACUGUUGAUUAUUUCACCAAAUGGGUUGAAGCCGAAGCCCUCAAAAACAUCAAAACAUAUGACGUGAAGGCGUUUAUCUGGAGAAACGUCAUUACCAGGUUUGGAGUACCACAGUCAAUCGUCUUUGACAACGGACCUCAAUUUGAGACGCCUAAGUUGAAAGAAUGGCUGACAGAGCACGGGAUUCAUAGUUGCUUUGCCUCCGUCGGGCGACCACAAGCCAACGGCCAGGUUGAAGCUUUCAACAAAAUUAUCUCACAAGGGAUAAAAAAAAAGUUUAACAAAGCAAAAGGAUUAUGGGCUGAUGAAUUGCCUAAUGUUCUGUGGUCAAUUCGUACCACAACAAAAAAUUCCACUGGAUAA